AGCGGGGGGGUGGGGGAAGCCCGAGGGGAGCGGAGAGCGCCUCGGGGGCUCGCGAGCCGCAACAAGCGGCGACCCCCAUCCGACCCCCGCGGGCACAGCGGCCCCGAAGUGAAGCCGCAACUUCUGCGUCCUCUCGGGGGCCGCCGGCGGUGGCGUCGCGCGGACCGCCGGGCUUGACAAGUCGAAAAUCCCGGGUAUCUACACCACAAGUUGGGUGACAAAAGAAGAUGCUAAUGUUUGACCCAGUCCCUAUCAAACAAGAAGCAAUGGAACCAGUUCCAGUGUCAUUCAACUCUAGUUAUAUGGACCACAUGAAGUCUAACAAGUAUAGUGUCAUCUAUUCAACACCAAAUAUGAUGUCCAAUAAAUUCUACCAGAUUCCAGAUGGACUGUGUAAUGGAGUUCAAGUUGAGCCUGUUGACCUUACGGUGAAUAAACGAAGCUCACCACCUUCAGCAGGAAGUUCUCCUUCACCUUUAAAAUUCCAGACUAUACCCAGGAGAGCUUCCCCUGGAUUAAAUCUUCCUUCACCCAGCCCUCCCAUGAAGAAGCUAACUCCACCAGGAAUACAGCCUUUCACUAUGCCUUUCACUAUGCCUCCAGUAAUGGCAGCUCUGUCACGCCAUGGACUAAGAAGCCCUGGAAUUCUUCCUGUUAUACAGCCACUUGUAGUUCAGCCUGUCCCUUUUAUGUAUGCCCCUCAACUCCAACAGCCUAUUAUGGUGUCCACUGUUCUUUCAGAAGAGUUGGAAAAUCCAAGCAGUGUGCCAGUAUCGGUUAUUGAAUCUUAUGAAAAGCCAUCACUAAAGAAGACUAUUAAGGUAGAACCAGGCAUGGAAUCACCAAGAAAUGACUACUAUCCUGAACAAAUGUCUCCUCCUUUUAUGACCUCAUUGUCACCCCCAAUGCUACAAGAGAAUCACCCUUCGGUUAUAGUCCAGCCUGGAAAAAGGCCCUUACCUGUAGAAUCUCCAGACACACAAAGGAAGCGGAGGAUACACCGGUGUGAUUACGAAGGCUGCAACAAGGUUUACACUAAAAGCUCCCACUUAAAAGCCCAUAGAAGAACACACACGGGUGAAAAGCCUUACAAAUGCACUUGGGAAGGUUGCACAUGGAAGUUUGCUCGAUCUGAUGAACUAACACGGCACUUCCGGAAACAUACUGGAGUCAAACCGUUCCAGUGUCCAGACUGUGAUCGCAGUUUCUCUCGUUCUGACCAUCUUGCCCUCCAUAGGAAACGCCACAUGCUAGUUUGAAUCUCUUAUUUCCGUUCUCUUCCUGUUUCCUUCCUUUUUAUUUUGACCUAAACAUUUUAAUUUAGAUUCAGCUGGACUGGAUCUCUGGAUUUUAUAGCCUUUCUUAUGGUCAGUAAAAGAUGUUUGCUUGACCCUCCUUUACUCUUGCCAUGGGUCAGACCUAAAGAAUGUGAACAUUUUUUUUUCCUGGGGAUGCUAAGCAAAUCCUAUUUGCCAGCAAGUAGAUUAAAUUUCCUUCAGACUAAGAUAUCUUAUAAUCAAGCUGAUUAGUUUUGCCAUUUAAUCAGCCAGUAUAUAUUGAUGAUACAGUUACUGGUUUGGAAAUCCAGUUUGCUAAUCCUUGCCAGAGACCUUGUGUGCCUGUAAAGGAUGCACGUCUCCUUUUUAUGCUCAGCAAUGCAAUGAAUGGAUCUUUUUGAAUAUGGUUGGUCAUAGAAGCAUGUUCCAGAAGACAUGUUUUGGAUGUAGAAAAUAAAAUCCUCAGCCUGAGAAUGAGUGAAAAAAAAAAUCUCCACUAAAGAGUGGCAUUUAUCAGCAGAAAGUGUGUCAAUGCAGAUGUUGUACAUCCUGAUCAAUAUUGCCUUUUUGUGUGGGGGGUUGUGUAAGAUGUUAAUUUGUUUUGCCUGGAUAGUGUGUCUUAAUAGGUUCAUUGAACAAACACUUUCAUUGAUGUAGUUACCUAUUUUCGUUGUGCAACUGUAUGAAUGGAACACACAUGGUACUCCUGUGGUGUGGCAUUCAUUGACAAUUCAGUAAAUCUACCUCACUGAGGAAGUGUGGUAGGCAUAGACUUUUUUCCACUCCUCUGCAUUUCCUGUUCUCUAGAACACCUCUACCUGCCUUAGCUGAGAAAAGCUAUCAUUUCAGCAAAAUUAAUUAACCUGUUCGUUGUUAGAAAUGAAUUCCAUCAGAGAUCCUUCCAUAUUCACAAGAUAACUUGAGAAAGAGACUUGCUUAACUGAAGCACUUCUGGAGAGCACAGAAUCUGUCCCAGAUUAUCAUAAAUGAAAAAGGUACACUUUUAUCCCUGUCACCCUCAAUCAUUUUUGUUAGCCUUAUAUGAAAACUUCAGCAGAACAGCUCUCACAAAGUAUUUUUGUAACAGACGCUGCAUUCUCAGUAUCAAUAAUUUUUUAAAAAUGGAAAGAUUGGAUUGUUUAAGCCUAUAAAUAUUCCACAUCUUCAGAGAUGCUAUUUUAUAUUCAGCAGAACAUUUUAAGGAAAUAAGGCUCACCAUAUCCACCAGCAUUCUCUCCGUUGCAGCCUAUUGUUAAAGUCAUGGGAAUUAUGUCUCUCCUAUAUAGAAAAAGGAAAGGUUAAAAAUGGAAGCCAACAGCAGCAAUAGGAAUGAGCAGGAGAGGAGGGAUCGCAGAAUGUGCUGGGAUAUAUUUUAUAAACUAAAAUCAGAUACAUUUCGAGUAAAUAAUCACUCAGGGGCAACUUGACUUACUCAAAAAUGCUUGUUGUAUUGUUCCAUAAAUUGUAUUUAGCUUCAAUUGUUCUGGUAUAAACUUUUCUAGCCCUUUCAUAGUCCUGUUCCCUCUCUUACUUUUUAAAGUUGUUUUACCUAAACUCUCAUUAAACCAGUGUCAUAUAGAACAUUUUGACUGGACCAUGUCCAUUGUUUCUGGUACAGAGGUUCUCACACCUUAGUUAAGUCUUGUUCCAUUCCUAUAUAUAUAGUUUAAAUUCCAAAUUAGCUUGCCUAUCCUCCUCCUCCCCACCCAAUCUCUCUAAUAUUUCUGAAAUGAAAUUCUCACAAGAAAUGGAUUACUCCAGAAGAAUUCCGUUUCAGUGGUGUGAACCUAAGAGUAGAAUGGGCAGCUGAGAUCUUGACAGAAAAUUCAGUGGAACAAGGGUUGUUUCUGGCAAUCUUAGGAUGAAAUUAGUUUUUACAGUGCUUCCUAUCACCAAGCCAAGAAUUUGAAAAUUGUGCAAGGCAUCUAUAUAUGUGCUUCUAAUUGUCCCUGCCCUAGAACAAAGGAACCAUUGUCCAGUUCAGUGGAGUUAUGGUUUUUUGAGACCUAAAUGUCAUGAUUACCCAGUACAGACUCUGUCAUGUCACCAAUGUCAGUAAUGCAUCUUACUAGCAUUUUCAAAGUAUCGGAGAAAUAUCAGAUUAAAAAAGCAUAAUUUUGUGUGUUCAAAACAGCAUAACAUGGUUAUUCUGAAUUCAAAAUUCAUGGAAAGUUGCAUACAGAAAUAUAUAGGAGGCCUUUUCAUGAUUUUAAAAUAAUUUGGAAGAAGGAAGAAAAAACAUGAAUAAUAGUGACAUUGAAACAAACUCACUUUAGAUUAGAUAUAGCUUGUUCCUAAUGCAGUGUCAACCUUAAGGCAGCAGUGAUCUACAUAUUUAUUUGGAAUAAUUUCUUUGAAGUUCAUUGGAUGAGGCACAUGUUGCUUUUCUAAUACCAGCUUAUGCCAGGAGUAAUUGUACUGCAAGCUAUCAUUAUACUGUAAAUUAAGACUACUAUAUCCACCCUGUAAAAAUCCAGAUGAUCACUAACUGAAAUAAAAAGAUAUAGGAAAUGCUAACUCUGUACUCUUGUUUAGUGGUUAUCUAGAAAUGGUAGCCCUAAAUAGAACAAAAAUCUCUUACAUUUUCUUCUGUGUUGCUGAACAAAACAGUUCAUUAGGCUGAUACAUUUAACGUUAUCUGGUACCAAUGUGAGGGGAAAAGGCUCUGAAGAAACUUAAUGAGUUCUAAGUGUCAGGAAUGAGGGACUAGAAAAUCAAAGUGGAGUUAGUCAGAACUAUAAAUUGAUUCUUUGAAUCCCUCUAAAAUUAAUCAAGGUGUUUAAAUAAACAUUAGAAUGUGGUGACUGCAGUACAUUGAGAGCAUAUAUUGAGAACUGAAAUGAGCAUAAUUUACCAAGUUGUGUCCUAGUGCCUUUGCAUAAAAUAGAUGCCACCAUUUUUGAGCUCCUUGGAUAGGUUCAUCACCAACAUCUUUAAAGAAACAUUCAUGUGCAGUGCUGCAACACUUUAUUUUUCCAAAACUUAUUUUCUACAGAGCAUUUUACUUUUUUUUCUCACAAUCCACCUGAGUUAAAUGGGUUGAUCAUAUCGUAUGUUUACCAUAAAAUGUAAGGAGAAACGUCUGGCCCCCCAAUUCUAAAUUGCUAAUAAAACUUCACAAUGUCUUCAUCUACUUCUGUAUUUUAGGUGUGUUUUUUUAAAUUCUGAGCAAAGGAGGAAAGGGUACAAUUAACAUGUCAUGCAAAUUAAUGCUAUGCCAAUUUUAAUCCUGUGUAACUAGCUAAUUAAUUUGAGGUCAAUGCUGUUAAAGAUACUUUGUACUGAUGUGUCCAUGUAUGUGCCCGAGUGUAAAAGAAACAGAGAUCUACACCUUUGCAAUUAGAUUAGUCAAGAAGUUUGGCUGGACUGCUACAAACUAAGGAUACAAACUACUAUCUUAAAACCUCAUAUACUGGAAUCUGUAAACCCAAAUCCAUAGCUUAAUUGUAUAGGAAAAGGUCCCAUCUUUCACUAGAUUCCUUAAAAAAUGCAAUUAGCAGUGGUUCCCACAGAAGAUAACAAAAGCUUGUAGCAAUGCAGAAAGGGAUGCUACUACUGAUUUAAUACCAUGGUUCUCAAGAUCUUGACUGAUAUUAAAAAAGCCAAUCAGGUUUGGACCUAGUCAGAGCUUGGAUGGUAGACCAAGAGAGCUGUAGGCUAGAAUGGACAGCCGAAGAAAACAUUCUGGAAAAAAGCUGUGGCAAACCACUUGUGUAUUUAUGCCAAGAAAACCAGGGAUAUAUAUCCAUGCUCACACCAGGAGUCGAACUCCAGAGUUUGAUGCAAGGCAAGGAGGCGUAGUUAUGAAAUGGGAGGCUCAAACUACUUUGACGAGAAGGAGGAGAGAGGUAGCUGGCUUUAGGAAAGCGUGUUGCCGGUCCAGAGAUUACAAAAGCAAUCCGGAAACAGUUCUGUUUCUCAGCACCCACGUGCACUAGUAGUAUUGCACUGUAUAGGAUACGUCUCCUAGGACGCCUUUUUUAAUCACGUCAUAUGAAGCAUUGUGAAAAAAUGGUUCCUUCCCCAGUUGGGCCGUUCAGUGGGAGGCUGAGAUUUCCAAAAUUUGGUUUCAGUUACGCCUGUAGUUCUGUUAAACACACAAAGAGAACGCUUUCAUGAUAGAACCGUAUUGGUAUUUUUGACUUCCAGCUUAGUAAAGUAUAUCUUUUCAAACAGAACUGCAGAAAGUAUUUUACACAUCUUAUUUUUAAAGGGCUAUAAUAAUUCCCGUUAUGUUUUACAAAUAUUAGCACUUUCUUGCUAUUUAUGUAUUUUAAAUGUUACACAGACAAAAUAAUCCUCCUACUUAGCAUCUUUUCAAACUUUGCCUGCAAAUGUAGCAGGAAUAUUACAUUUACUCUACUUCUUGUAUAAAACUAUGCAGAAUUUUUAAAAAUAAAAUGUAAUAUAUUUUAUAAGCUAAUAAGAAUUGGGUAAUUAAAGGUUUUAGCAUGCAUUCCUAUCAUUUGCAGAUAUUGAAAAUUUUGGUAAUCUUUCUCACUAAAGAUGUGAAUGUUUUCAAGUUCCUUUCCUGUUUCUACUUUUGGUAAUCCAAUGGGAAUUCAGUAAUGACAUUUUGUCAUGUCAAACUGUGAAUAUAAAUUUGUACUGUACAGUCCUCAUAUGUUAUAUAUAUUAUACAAAAAUGUAUUAUACUUGUUAAUAAAACAAGAUACACAGUAAAUGUCAAUAUGUAAAUAA